UCUCUGAUCCCCUCACGUGUACAGGUACUAUCAGGUAAAAAAACCACUCCACACUCUUUUUCUAUCAUGACGUGGACUCCAGUUAUUGAGGAUCGCCCAAUCUCUAUUCUCGGCGCAGGCUUUUUGGGCCGCCGCAUUGCCUGUGUGUUCGUUGCGGCCGGAUAUGUGGUUCACAUUUACGAUCCUUCUGCCGACGCCCUGGAAGCAGCAGCUAAAUACAUUGACCUGAACAAGGCGGCCUACGCGAAAUUUGUUCAACGCCCCACUAAAUACGGUCUGUACUCGCUAUUUCUACGUACGGCUGACGCAGUCUGUGACGCCUGGCUGGCUGUCGAAGCAAUCCCGGAAGACCUUCAGCUUAAGAUCGAAACCCUUGGGACGUUAGACGAGCAUGCACCUGAAGAUUGUAUCUUCGCAUCCAACAGCUCGUCCUUUCGAUCAAGUCUCAUGCUGGAUAAAGUGACCAGCACGCGACGGAAACAGAUCCUGAACAUGCACUUUUAUAUUCCUCCUACUAUGAGAGCAGUGGAACUGAUGACGGAUGGGGAGACACACACUGAGAUUUUCCCUUUCCUAGUCGGUUUUCUAGAAUCGUGUGGGAUGUUGCCAGUUGUCGUGAAAAAGGAGUCAACGGGGUUCAUCUUUAAUCGCCUGUGGGCCGCGAUCAAACGAGAGAUCCUCCUCAUCCUUGCGGAAGGAAUCAGUGAGCCCAGAGAAAUUGACCUACUCUGGGACCAAGUGCUGCGUUCUGGACCUCCUCCAUGCAAGCUUAUGGACGAGGUUGGCUUGGACACAGUGGCUUUUGUCGAAGAUACGUAUAUCCGGGAGCGCCGGCUGGACGGGAAGAUGACGGUCAAAUGGCUGUGGGAGCAUUAUCUCCGGCAUGGCCGGCUGGGCAACAAAGCUCGCGAAGGGGGAUUGUAUUCACCUACUAAAAAAGUUCCUUGUCCCAGUGACGACUCUCCUGUGGCGUAUCUCAUAGACGUCGGCAUCGGUGCAAACCUCACGGAUUUAAAGCAUGCCGCGGCUAAUGGCAAGCUCCUCUCUCUCACGGCACACGGAGAGAUUUCAACCCUUGUUACGGGCCUGAGAUUGCCAGACAGCGUCGGCAUCUCUAAGUCAACCAGUCGCAUCUUUUGGACGUGUAUGGGCAGUCUAUCGGCGACGGCGGACGGGUGCAUAAUGUCCGCCCGGUUGGACGGUUCAGACGUCCGCAUCAUCCUCCAGGGCAAGCAGCUGUAUACUCCAAAGCAACUUGUGGUUGAGGAGAUCUCGCAAAAGCUGUACUUUUGCGACCGUGAGGGCAUGUCCGUCCAUCGGUGCAACUUUGACGGCCAAGCCCAUGAAGUCCUUGUCAGCCGUGGGGCCUGCCCAAAUGAUCAAUUGGAUAUGAAACGGUGGUGUGUGGGUAUUGCUGUCGACAUCCAAGCGGGAGUGCUGUACUGGACCCAGAAGGGCCCCUCAAAAGCAGGCCAAGGGCGUAUUUUCAGGGCAAACAUCGAAAUCCCUGCCGCUGAAUCUCCGGAGUCACGGACAGAUAUUGAGACACUGCUGGAAGACUUGCCCGAGCCGAUUGAUCUGGAGAUCGACUCGAGAAAGAAAAUUCUAUACUGGACAGACCGCGGGGAGCAUCCCAAGGGCUGCUCCUUGAAUUCAGCAAGUGUGGAUGGUGAAACAAGCCAAAUACAAAAGAGUAUUCUGGCCCGAAAUUUCCAUGAGCCCGUGGGAUUGAAGCUCGACGCAGAACAGGAAAAGAUAUACCUGACGGAUCUGGGAGGAAGCGUGUACCGCGUUAAUCUUGACGGAAGUGGACAGGAGAUUCUUGUUAGAGAUGGGGGUUGCUAUACUGGAAUCUCGUUGGUGGGUAGCUUGUAG